AUGUAUGAAAAACUAUCAACUAAAUAUUCUAAAGUGAUAGAAGAAUCAGAAGGAAUGUUUGUCAAAUAUACAGAUCUAAGGAAGGAUUAUAUCUCAUUAUCAAAUAAAAUUGGCUCAUUAACUGAUAUUUUAAGUCUUAUUGAUACAUUACAUGAACAUGAAUCUGAUAUAAGUGAUGAUAAAGAAAGAAUUAUAAACAUAAUAUCUAAAAAACCAAACUUAGAAAAGAUCUUAACACCAAUAAUAUCGAAUGAUGAUGAAGAAAGUUAUACCAAGGAGUUUAAAGAUUUUUAUUCAUUAAAUGAUUUAUCUAUUCAUUUAUUUCAAGAUCGUAAUGAUCAAGAUUUAAUCAAAAACACAACCAAAAAGCUUAAUGGUGAGGGAACAAAGAAAAGAAAAGGAAGUAUAACUAAUGAAGAUCAUGUUAAAAAGAGAAAAACAGCGGAUUGA